AACAAAUUAAAUCAACAUUAAUCUGUGAAAAUUAUAAAAAAUAUGAAUAAAUAAAGAAUUCUAUAAAAAUGGGCGAUUCAAAAAGUACUUCAGAAGAAAUUGUUCUUAUUGCAGAAAAUGUCUCAUUUGUGUGUAAUAAAAAAGAACUUGCCAAACACAGUGAUUACUUUAAAGUUAUGUUUGAAGGAAAUUUUGUUGAAAAGAACCAACGACUAAUUACACUUCAGGAAGUGGACUCAAGGUCUCUUAAAAUCAUUCUUACGCUGUUAUGGGAUAGCAGUUUUGUUAUAAAUGAAGAAGACAUUUUAUUAGUACUUGAAGCAGCAUGCAUGUUACAAUUUCCAAACAUAAAAGAAAUAUGUGUCACUCGUAUUAGAGAAAUUUUAGCCCCCUCUAACUGCAUUAAAGUUUGGUUUGGAACUGAAAAACUUGAUAUAGAAGAUUUACAUUUAAAAGCAAAAUACUUAUCAUUAGUUGAAUUUAAUGAAAUAAAAGACAUGGAUUGUCUUAUAGAAUUGCAUUUAAAGCAGUUACAUUUAUAUUUGUCUGAUGUAAAUUUGCAGUGCAGAUGUGAAUUUGAUGUGUUUUUUGUAUGUAUGAAAUGGUGGUAUGAAAACUGUUUACACAGUGAAAAAUUACUAUAUGAAAACAAAACAAAAAACCUCUUGUACCUAGUAUCUUCACUGAACUACAGAGCGUUAUCAGACAGUGACCUAAGGGAAAUGCUAUCAUACCCUGACAUUUCUGAGAAUCAGGAUGUAAAGGACUUAUUUAUGUAUUUUAUAGCAUUAAAAAAUCAAGAAGAACGAUAUUUACUGAGUGAAUUAAGAAAUAUUGUUGCACAUCUGCUAAACAGUGUUGACAGAUUUCAACAAAAAGUUCCCUGUUUUCUUGCACAAAAUGCUAGUGAUGACUUACCAAAUAAGAAACUGAAAGUAAUGUCCCCAGAUAAAGAAUUAGCUGUGAUAUAUCAUGAUCAGUUCAAACGUAAACGAUAUUAUAAAAUCCUUAAUAAAGAAUCAACAUCUCAUGUAAUUGUAUACUUCGAUAUUAAUUCCAAUAAGUUUAAAAAGCUCCUAGAUGUAGAUAAAGGUAAAUGCGAUAAAUUGGAUGGUUUUAAAAUGUUGUCUUAUAAAGAGUUUAUUUUUCUAUUUGGGGGCGAGUAUAAAAUCGGUAGAGGAGAUUGGAACCGUAGCUUUUGGGUCUACGAUAACGUAAAAGAAAAAUGGCAACAUAAAUCAGUGAUCCCUCAAGUAAGAAGACAUUUCGAAUCGUGUCUAGUAGGUGAAUUUUUAUACAUUAUAGGAGGGGCUGGAAAUUACAGAAUUAUACAGGAAAACAUGCUCUGGUAUAAUUAUAAAACUGAUUUAUGGAGCAAGGUGAUAAUGCUUCCCUGUCCAGGAAGACAAAUUAAAUGUUGUGCUUUUAAAAA